AUGGCGGUGGCCAGGAAGAUCAAAACUUUGCUGACGGUCAACAUCCUGGUGUUCGUGGGCAUCAUCCUCUUCUCGGUGUACUGCCGCCUGCAGGACCGCUCAGAGGGGCCGGUGCAGGUCGUGCGCAGCGCCGACCGCCGGGUGCGCAGCCGGCACGCCACGGUGGGCGCGCUGGCGGAGCGCGAGGCCAUUCUGCAACGCCUCGACCACCUGGAGGAGGUGGUCUACACCCAGCUGAACGGGCUCGCCAAGCCCAUCGGUCUGGUGGAGGGGCCGGGCGGCCUGGGCCAGGGCGGCAUGGCGGCCACACUGCGUGACAACAGCCAGGAGACAGAGGGCAAGUUCGAGGAAUACGGGUACAACGCACAGCUCAGCGACCGCAUCUCCCUGGACAGGACCAUCCCCGACUACAGGCCCAAAAAGUGCAGACAGAUGACCUACUCGGGCGACCUGCCCCAGAUCUCCGUGGUGUUCAUCUUUGUCAACGAAGCCCUCUCGGUCAUCCUGCGCUCCGUGCACAGCGUGGUCAACCACACGCCCUCCCGGCUCCUCAAGGAGGUCAUCCUGGUGGACGACAGCAGUGAUAAUGUGGAACUCAAGCUCAACCUGGACCAGUACGUCAGCAAGAGGUACCCGGGCCUUGUGAAAAUCGUCCGAAACAGCAGGAGAGAAGGCCUGAUCCGGGCUCGGCUGCAGGGCUGGAAGGUCGCCACGGCCCCUGUCGUGGGCUUCUUUGACGCCCACGUGGAGUUCAGCAUGGGCUGGGCCGAGCCCGCCCUCUCGCGGAUCCGGGAGGACCGCCGGCGCAUCGUCCUGCCGGCCAUCGACAACAUCAAGUACGACACGUUUGAGGUGCAGCAGUACGCCAGCGCGGCCCACGGCUACAACUGGGGCCUCUGGUGCAUGUACAUCAUCCCGCCCCAGGACUGGCUGGACCGCGGUGACGAGGCAGCGCCCAUCAGGACCCCGGCCAUGAUUGGCUGCUCCUUCGUGGUGGACCGGGAGUACUUCGGGGACAUCGGCCUGCUGGACCCGGGCAUGGAGGUGUAUGGUGGGGAGAACAUCGAGCUGGGCAUGAGGGUGUGGCAGUGCGGCGGCAGCAUGGAGGUUCUGCCCUGCUCCCGCGUGGCCCACAUCGAGCGCACCAGGAAGCCCUACAACAACGACAUUGACUACUACGCGAAGCGCAACGCCCUGCGGGCGGCCGAGGUGUGGAUGGAUGGCUUCAAGUCCCACGUGUACAUGGCCUGGAACAUCCCCAUGAGCAACCCCGGCGUGGACUUUGGGGACGUGUCCGAGCGGCUGGCCCUGCGCCAGAGGCUGAAGUGCCACAGCUUCAAGUGGUACCUGGACAACGUGUACCCGGAGAUGAGGACCUACAACGACACGCUCACGUACGGAGAGGUGAGAAACAGCAAAGCCAGUGGCUACUGCUUGGACCAGGGGGCAGAAGACGAUGACCGUGCCAUCCUGUACCCCUGCCACGGGAUGUCCUCCCAGCUCGUGCGGUACAGCGCCGAGGGCCUGCUGCAGCUGGGCCCCCUGGGCUCCACCGCCUUCCUGCCCGACUCCAAAUGCCUGGUGGAUGACGGCAGGGGCCGCACGCCCGCCCUGAGGAAGUGUGAGGACGUGGCCCGGCCAGCGCAGCGGCUGUGGGACUUCACCCAGGGCGGUCCCAUCGUGAGCAGAGACACGGGUCGGUGCCUGGAGGUGGAGAUGUCCAAAGACGCCCACUUCGGGCUCCGGCUGGUGGUGCAGAGGUGCUCGGGGCAGAAGUGGACCAUCAGAAACUGGAUCAAGCCAGGGCGGCACUGACCCCCAGGCUCACCCUGUGCCCCCGCCCCAGCGCAGACCCCGAGGACCUGGGGCAGGCGUGGGGCCCCUCCCACUCAGCCCACCACUGGAACCCAGAGGGCCCUGGCCGUGCCCGCACCACCUUGGGGUGGGGGGACCUGUCCUCAGCUGCCGGCGGGUCCUGGGGACAUGGGGACCUCCCCCCUUCCAGAAGCGUGGUACCCCCGCAGCUGGCGGCUCUGCCUGAGCGCAUCAGCUGACCGCCAACUCCAGAUCCGAAUCACGUGCCUUUUCUACGAUAUUCCUGUCGAGCCGCCAGUGACCACCUCCUUGCAUGUGCUGAAGCUCCCGUCCAUCCCCCAGGCAGCAAUAGCCCCCUGUGAACUCUGAGCUCCUGACCUCUCCGCCCCUUGGCGGGGCUGCCCCGGUGACCACCACCAUCUAAACCGAGCGGAGCAAGGCUCUCCCUGGCUGGUGAGGGGGGAUGGGGACAGCAGCUGCAGUGGCCUCAAAGACAACCCCCCGGCAGCGCUUGUGCGAGGAGACUGAUGUGACUGCUUCAAUCCAGUAAAGAGUGAUUAAACCAUACAGACCUGAUGUCUCAUCCACAGGAGCCAGAGCUGGUCGGCCGUCCAGGGAGGAACCCUGUUCUAGCGGCUCACCCGGGGCCAGGCACCUCUUGUGUUGUUCUAAGGCAGGGGUCAGCAAACAAUGACCCACGGCCCCUUGCCUGUUUUUAUAAAUAAAGUUUUAUU